AUGCGAUUGGGAAGCUGGAACAUAGGAACAUUAACGAGUAAAUUGAGGGAGUUAGCAGAUGUUUUUGCUAGAAAGAAAGUGAAUAUUGUUUGUUUGCAGGAAACUAAGUGGGUUGGAGAAAAGGCCAAGGAAGUGGAUGGAACUGGUUUAAAGUUAUGGUACACAGGUAUUAACAAGAGUCGAAAUGGUGUUGGAAUUAUGAUCGAUAAAAGUUUCAGAGAUAAAGUUGUGGACGUCAAAAGGAAAUGCGACAUGAUUAUUCUGGUUAAGCUUGUAGUGGGCGAUUUAAUCCUGAAUAUCCUCAGUGUGUAUGCACCCCAAGUUGGAUUACAACCAAUUGAUAAAAGCCAAUUUUGGGAAGACUUGGAGGAGGUUUUGAGGGGAAUACCUCGAGAGGAGAAGAUUUUCUUAGGAUGA